CCGUCAGCUGGUGAACAUGUUGGCUCUAUCACGACUCUUUACUGCACGAUGUUCUCUCACCCGAGGCAUGUUGGUGAGGUGUACAGGCAGCCCACUCCUGGCACCUGUGGCAUACAAACAAACAAUUGCACAAGAGUUGGGUCUGCCAGAGCCUCCCAAGCGACCUGUGACGCCUUAUAUAAGGUUUUUGGUCCACCACCAGGAAGGUCUCAGGAGAAAGUCUCCUCAGCUCUCAAUGAGAGAAAUUGGCAAGACGGUGUUACAUAAGUGGGAGAACCUCACUUUUGAAGAGAAGAGUGAAUGGUCACAGGCUUAUGAGAGAGAUAAAGCUGUGUAUGAUGUCAGAUAUAUGGAUUACAUGAAGUCACUGAGUCCACAACAGAUUAAGAGCAUGAAGGAGCUCAAGUUGAAGCGCUCGGAGGAGAAGUUAAGACAAGUGGAAGAUAAGGUGAAGGUGUUGGAGGUAAAGACAAAGCGAGAGGAAGGAAAGUUGAAGGCUCAGUUACGACUCAAGAAAAAGAGAGAAUGUAAGGAACUCGGUAAACCUAAAAGUCCGAUCACCGCCUUCGCCCUCUACAUCAAUUCCUUAGAGGAAGAGAACGCUUCAUUCAAGGACAUCCUGAUAGUGGGAGCCACCAAAUGGCAUACCUUGCCUAAAGAAACACAAGACUGGUACCUUGAGAAGGCGAAGGAGCAACGAGAGGAGUACCAGCAUGACCUCCUAGACUGGGAAAUCACGAUGUUUAAGAAAGGCAGACGUGACCUUGUGCGUGUUAGUCAACUGGAGGAAAUAUCCAAACGCUUGGGAAAUUAGUCUCUCGGACCUGAAGGUUGAGGAUAUGAAUAUAGCGGUGCUGAAGGAAAAUGUAAAAUACCUCCUUAACUUAGCCAGCUGUUCAUGUAUUAAGCCAAGCCAAAAUUGGUGAAUGACAAAAUUUUUACAAGAACCAUCAUUGCUUGAAUAAUACUAAUGAUAAUAAUAAUGAUGAUCAUAAUAAUAUUCAUUCAAUACAAUUGAAUGGACAUGUACAGUUUAUAGACUGUGUAGCUAUACAGUGCAAUAUGAAUACAGACUGGUGCCUGCACUACAGUACCUCAGUUACCCAGAGAGAUUAAAAUGCCUGCAACUGCCUAGCUUAUACUAUAGACGGGCAAGGGGUGACCUAAUUGUUGUUUAUAAACGUCUCAGAGGGCACCACUCAGUUGAGUGUCCAUACCUGGAGUUGACGGACGUCUGCCUCACUUGAUGUCACAGCUCAAGGCUUAAGAAGGCACAUGCCCCAAAAACUGUGAGGGGUAACUUUUUCGGAGUGAGAGUCGUGAACUCGUGAAACAAUCUGCCAGAGUGUCGUGACCCGCACCGAGUGUGAGCUCUUUCAAGACCAGACUGUAGCAGGUUCAGAUACAAUCAGGAGCCAGUGAAUGCCCAGUACUUGUCAACAGUGUAUAGCAGAGACAUGACUGACUGCCAAGGUGGCUUAUGAGCCUAUCAGUGGUGAAGAGGAUAAAAGUAAUGGACAAUACAGUACAGGUACAGGGCAUAUAGGUACAAUACAGUGGAGGUACAGUAGAGUAUACAGUAUUCCAUGUACAUAGUGCAGGUAUACAAAAAUGGUAGCCAGUGAGAUAAUUUGACCAAGGAUAGAUGACAAAGCUGUUAGAUGUAUAUUUCCCGGAGGGUUCCAUCAAAGAGCUCUAAUAUUGACUCAUAAUGCAGGGGAAUAAACUUAGAAAAUUAUGAUUAUUGAACUUGGAUCUGUUCUUCAUGGUGUGAGGCCUUGUACCAUGUUGUGUUAUGAACUUUGAAGCUUUAUUCCAGUCAGGUUAAUGGAGUCAGCAGUACAGGUGGAUGUACUUGUUGACAGACAGAUGAACGUGCCGUCAUCCACAAAGUCUUGUCGGCUCUCCUCCUGCACCACGGACCUCAGGAUUCAGACAAGUGAACCUGAAGCAUUUAUGGACUGAUUAAUACAUCAAAGUCUACUGCUUUGGGUUCAUGAGUCAGAAUCUCGAGGUUCGUGGUUCAGGAAGAGAGGCGACAGGACUUUUGUGGGUGAAGGUACAAUCAGGAGUAAACCUCAAUGCCUCGACUGUACAACUGUAUAGUGGGACGAAAAUUUAUGCAGUAAAUAAUAACAGAUGAUUAUUAAAAGAUUCUGUGUUUUAGUCUGUAAAUUUGUAUAUGAAAAGAACAGUUACAAUGGAUGGUUCACAUUAAGAACACCCCCCCCUCCCUUCCUCUCCCGAUGUACCAGAAAUAACAGCAUUUUCCACCAUGGGAUCCUUAUAUGGUACAGGUAUAUGUGUACUGUACUGUAUAGCCUUCCUCUGCAUCAAACAAAAGUAAUAAGGCUAAAUAAUAUAGUUUGGUACUGUAUAAUUGCCCUUUCAAACACGCUGAAUUCAUUUAUCUGAAGACUAAUAUUUGGAUACCUAAUAUUUGUGCCAUAAUGUAUUAAAAAAAUUGGUUGGUGUG